AUGUCUACCUCCAUACUGAACAUCGGCAGACCCUACAAUGACGCUUGGCGGGUGGUUGCUGGGCCUGACCGCGACAACUACAACUCCAUCGAAUCUAGGUGCCGCGAAGAUCGCAAAUGGGUUAUGAAUGCGGCGCCUAUUGUGGCUGGAGAGCAAGACGGAGUCAAGUUGUCGAGUGUCUGGCGGGCCAAGCAACUGGAGGCGAUAUUCAACAACGCUACUGCAGCGGCUGAGCAGUACAUGGCGGAAGACGGAGCACGCAAGUACAAUUUUGCAGAGAACCGUAGGUGGCGUGAAGCUGAUGAGCUGUUCCAUACAUUCGAUGUCAAGAUUUGCCAGGGCAAGACGGUCGCCGUUCGACAGGACUUGACCGAUUCUCGAUUCUACUGCAAGCACAAAGGGGGCACUCCCAUCUUCAACUACGAGCCACCGAGGCGGCGCAUCACUGGGCAGAGCUACGCGACAAUCACGAUGUCGGCGGACGGUGUCAUUGAGCAUCCCAAGCCGCCCCCUAUCAGGGACUCGGACACGCCAGCUGACAGGAGGGAGUUCACGUACAACGGCGAAGUUCCGCGAGCUGCAAAAGAGUACAUAGCGCGGCUCUGCACACUCCUGCCACAUGCUGUCCGCGCUCUUACUUGCGUGGUGGUCUGGGAGGGAAGGGAGGUAGGACUCUCAGUUAAUGCAUUGUCACCGCUCCCCAGUCUCUGUCCGAUAGAAGGGUUGGUCAGGUUGGCUGAGUUCUGGAGCAUCAUAUUCGGAGAAGGGAGAAAAGCCCCGAGGCGGGUCCGCGAGCAAUUAGAGAAGAAUAGGGUGCUCACGGAGACAGCCUAUCUCCUCAAUGAGCUUGAGGCGAGGGGAGGGACGAACGACCUCAAGGCGAACCUAAGGAUGGUUAGACACAGCGUUUCGUAUAUGAUGGGACUCGAAAUUAGAGAUGCAGCACAUCUAGAGAGUGAGUUCAUGAAAGGAGAAGCUUUCGAUGCGCUCUUUGACCCCAAGAGCACCAAUGCCUGCUUCAUUUGGGUAAACUCACGCUCGCUUAGUCGGAUUCAAGUAAGUCGUUUACAUCGCAUCGUCUGA